GUCGCCCUAACUUGCAUGCACAUGUUUAUUUUGCGUUGAGUCUCGAAUGAUUAAGGUUGUGCGAUCUAGUUUGAUGGUAUUUUAGCCUAAAAUAUGAGUGAAUUGCAUUGCGAAAAAUAUAAUAUACUACCAUCGGAAGGUAAUAGAUCUCAAAAGAAAGUUAAAACGCCGUCUAAGCGGGAAAAUGCAAAAUGCAACAGAUAUUCUGCAAAAUUAUUGCCAACAUUUCCAAAAUUUUAUAUUGAAGCACUGCAGCGUUACUGAUCCCAAAAGAUCAAGAAAACGAGAACAAGAAAAAAAUAAGCCGAAAUCUAUGUCAGUGAAAUUCUAUGUGAAAAGAAGAGAUGGGCUAAUGGUUAAUGUGUACAGACAGAGUUUCAUGAACAUUCUGGGAGUGAAGAAAGACAGGAUUUUGAAUGUAGUAAAACGGUACAAGGAAAGCAAUGAAAUGCCCAAAGAACGACGUGGAGGUGAUCGGACAAAAGGUAAAAAUAACACAGCGAGCGGCUAUAAAAGGGUUUGUUGAAU